AUGGCUGUCGGCACGCCCACGAUCACCGCUCCGGGCGCGCCCACGGCGCGGGACGAGGCCAUGUUCAUGGCCGACCCGCGAGGCUUUUGCGCCGCGCGGAUCAGCGAGGUUGGCCCGGUCUUUGCCACGGGCGCGUUCGGCGGCGCCGUGUUUGUCGGCGGCGCCGAGGCUGUGGAGAGCGUAUGUGCGGCGGGCACGCCAAUCGCCAGCGGCGGGCAGCGCCAGCCGCUCGAGCUCGCGCCGUUUGCGCCUCUGCUGGCGUCGGCCGGUGGCGACUGGCGAGGCGCCUACGAGUCGCUGUGCGCCGCCGGGUUUCACGAGGAGCUGUACGCGGGCCUCUUUGCCUGGGUGCCAAAGUUCAAGGAGACGGGCGGCUUCUCGACCUUCCGCUUCGAGGACUUCAUCGACCCGCGCGUGAGGAAGGCGCUGCCCGGCGCGCGGAGGCUGCUCUUCCGCGCGACGGCGCCGUCGCUGCUCGGGAGCACGCUGGAGGCGCUGCCGCCGCGCGAGGGCCUCUCGACCGUCCGCGAGUGGGGAAAGGCGUACGCGGCGCUCGCUUCGGACCGGCUCGCCCCGGCCAGCCGGCUGAGCCUGCUGGGCCAGGCAGCCGGGCUCAGCUUGCCUGCUAGGUUGCCGGGGCUGGGCGGCGGGGGCGGGGGAGAGAAGGGGGCGCUGCUCGCCGCUGCUCUCGGGGAGGGUCGGCUGGCCGAUGCGCUCGACGCCGUCGAGCCGACCGCCGCCCUCGUCACCUCGAUGCUUGCGAUGGCGGAGCGGCAGGGCGGCUGGUCUGCGAGGCUCGCGGCGGAGCAAAAGGCGGCGCUGACGGGGGCAGGGCCGGAGGCGCCCAUCGACGCGGCGGCUGCGGGAGGCGUCUCUCUGCCCGCCGGCACCGUCGUCGCCGCCGAGCCCUUCGUCGGCCACUUCCUGCCCGCGGACUACGCCUCGCCCGACUCGUUCGACCCCGAGCGCUUCCUCGGUGCGGGAGGCGGACCUCCGCCAAGCCUCGGCCUGUGCGGCCCGGCGGGCGAGGCGGGCGAGGCGAGCCGGCAGCUGGCGCUCGCCGUCGCCAAGGCGACCUUUGUGCAGCUGCGGCGCAUGUUCGAGAUCGGCGUGGCGCUCGACGCGCCGCCGCCGGGCGGCUACCCGCUCCACGCCCUGCCAGACAGCGUCGACCUCAAGGCUGUCGCAAACAUGUACUAUGAGCUGCAGAGGGGGGCGGCCAAGACGUCUUCGGGCCUCUUCUACGAGAAGGACUGACGCGAGGCGGAGAGGCGCGGGGCGGAGGGGCGGGAAGGGGCAUGCCGGCGGAGCCACUUGCGGGCGCGCUCGAGCCGGAGCGCGGAGGGUGUGGUGGGAUUGGGGGAGAGAAACUAAAUGCAGCAUGUUUGUUGUGGAGCGCGCGUCUCACGUGUGUGAUGAUCGUUUGAGGAGAUGACUGUGUGAGUUAGGGCGCGGCGUUUGAAUAUUGCGCAGGCGACAGGCGGCGGUGAAGGCUGAAGCGUGAAGAGAGCCCGCGGACGCGAGAGACCGUUUUCGUUUACGAAAAGGAGUUGUCUGAUAAAGC